GGCGGUGAGCUGCGUCCAGGAGCUGCCUGCUCAGGGUCACGUCACCUCCUUGGACCUGAGCUCCGACCGGCGCCAGCUGCUCAGCUGUUGCCGUGACGACUGCCUGCAGCUGUUGGACCUGAGGAGGUGGAGCAGCGAGCGUGUGUGCGUCAGUUUCAGAGCUGAAGGCUUCAAAUGUGGCAGCGACAGCACCAAGGCUGUGAUCAGCCCUGACGGCUGCUACCUGGCAGCUGGAUCUGCUGACGGCGCCGUCUACAUCUGGAGCGUGUCCACCGGCAGCCUGGAGACACGCCUACCUGACAAACACAG